AUGUUGCACGUAGAACUUGUUCCUGAAUCUUCGGAUAAGCUUGGCUACUAUAUCAAAGAAUCUAACGAUCCAACAUAUUUUCCUAAUCGUAGUGCAGAUAUUUUUUUACGACAAAAGACAAAUUCAGAAACUCUGACCACAAAAAAAAUAGGAAACUUUGGUAUAAUUCAUCCAAAAGUUUUAGAAAAUUUUGAAAUAAUUUAUCCAUGUUCAGCUUUAGAGUUUAAUUUAGACACAUUUGAUCUUUAA